AAUAUUAAUGCAUUACACAGGCAUACAUGCAAGUAAUGUUAUGUAAUUCGCCUCCAAUUAACAAUGCAUGAUCACACUAUCACCGUGUGUCCCGUCUGUCCGUUGACAGACCACUGUAACAGUUACCAUCAAACAAGAGAGACUGAGGAGGACGGCCCAGGGAAUGUGGUGCCCCAAAUGAACUGAGGAUGAAUGCUCCUGAGCAUUCCACCACUCCACUGGUCGCCCGGCAACCGCAUCCCACUGAUCAGAGCAGUUUUGAGGAGGACUGGGGGUUCCAGAGUACACCACCAGGGGGUAGAGAUGAGCUCACUGACUCUAUGGAACACAACAUAGAAGUGGAACAUAGAACUAUGGGACACCACAUAGAAGUAGAACAUAGAACUAUGGGACACCACAUAGAACAGGAACAUAGAACUAUGGAACACCUAGAACUGGAACAUAUAACUCUGGAACAUGACCUCAGUAGCAGCUCUCACUGCCUGGACCAGGACCAGCCUGUAGUAGUUGAGGAGAUCCGCCUCAAGAGGGAGCCAGAGAGCCCAUGUCCAGACCUCAACCCACUACCGGGAGGAGAACCAGGCCUGGAGGUCGACCAGGRGGAUCUGGGCCAAACGUACCCCGAGUAUGCAGCACUGAACCUGGGGUACGGUGGCUACACAGACACCUCUGGUCUAUUUUUCACCUACUCGUCAGAAAACCAACAACACACUUCCUCCUCGACAACGACCACAGACGAUUACGCAUCGUUCCCGGGGAAACACUCCGUCACCGUCAUGCCUGGUCACCAUGGAGACCAAAGAGGAAAUGGUGGGACUGUCAGAACUCGAGCUCCCCUCAGUAAAGAGAAGGAGGGGAGGUUCGUAUGCAAACAUUGUGGGAAGGGUUUCCCCUACAUCAGCUGCCUUAAGCGGCACGCCCUCAACCACACGAGAGAGAGGAUGCAUCACUGCUCCGUGUGUGGGCGGAGCUUCAUCAGACCCAGUCACCUGAGGAGGCAUGAACUGCUGCACACGGGUGUCCGACCCUUCGCCUGCGCACUAUGUGGACGCCACUUCUCGCAUGGUGCACACCUCCAAGCUCACAUGAAGACACACACGUGAUGGAAGUGCCCUGUGUGUGACGUAAUUGAUGUGUGUGACGUAAUUGACUUCUUGUUUUGCAUAUGAUCUAAAGUUAUGUGGAAAGACUUGAACCAGUUUUACAAAGGGGGAUUCCACAUAAAAUCAAGAGUUCAAUACAUACAGUAGACAUCUGUUCUGUGAAUUGGCMUUUAUUGUAGCCUGCUGUGUUGCUAGGCAGUUUCUGAGUAAAAUGCUGAUGGUUGAGAUGGCUGCUUUCAUUGGUCAAGUUACUUUUUAAUUCCAGAAGAUGUAUUUUAUUAUUGCUGUCAAAUCAUAUUCCAAGUUUGUAUUUCCAUUUUACAAUGAAUGACAUUAUCAUCGGAAAUCCCACACAGCUGUGAGUAGCUAGGCCUACUUUUAGAGUGUAUAUUUAAGGCCUGAGGGGGUGUGGUAUAUGGCCAAGGCUAAGGGCUGUUCUUAUGCACAACACAACACGGAGUGUCUGGACACAGGUGGUAUAUUGGCCAUAUACCACAAACCCCCGAGGUGCCUUAUUGCUAUUAUAAACUGGUUACAAGUGUAAUUAGAACAGGAAAAAUACAUGUUUUGUCAUACCCCUGGUAUAUGYCUGAUAUACCAUGGYUUUCAGCCAAUUAGCACUCAGGGCUCUACCACCCAGUUUAUAAUUAGAUGUAAGCAACUGGAGACAACUCACCACUCACAUAUAUUUUGGUCAUUUAGCCUAGUCCCCAAUGCCUGGCCAACGCUUGCGUCGCGUGCACCAUGCAGCGCAGGUGGAAARACAGACAGCGAAUGGACWGGCACAACGCGGCGCCUGCGCGUAAUGGUGACGAGGUUUCUGUUUARAGWUCUACCACAAAUCAACAAGAGGAUCGACAUUAAACAAGGUGAGUARCUGGUAUAUAGGCUAAUAUCUGAAUGUAUAGGCUACAGMCUAUGUAUGGCAUMGUUUUCAUAGCCUACGAUUUAUGAUUAAUGCUGCAUGGUUGAACUGUGGCCAGUGUAAUAAUUGUCAUAAAAAUUGCUCUACCAUAGCCAUACACGCUUUUAUUGUUUUAUGACAGCACAGUGUCCUACACUGGUCAACGUCCCGUUAUAACCGAACUAUUUUACUGUCUAUUUUGAGGCGUUUUGGCACCAUACUACAGAUUGCACGCAAAGAAAACACAGUAAUGCAAUGACCGCAUGGCGGAUUAGUCUGUAGCUAAUCUGAUGUGGAUUACCGUUAUAUGGCGAGUGUACUUUAUCUGUUGUAGUCUUCCCGCACUGUAAUGUAGGCUACAGCUCAGUACACAUUCUCAUACCAUUAGCGGAUUUACUACGCAUUAGACCGUAGCCGAUAGUCCCUAGGCUGUAUUAUUCCGAUUUCCGAACUUGUAUUAUAAUUAUUUAUCCUUAAAGUGUUUGAUGUGCACUA